AUGGAUGUUCUACAAUCGUUCUUUCUUUGUGAUGUGAAUCUAAAACAAAACUUUUUCUCAAUUUCCCUUUCGCUAACAACCUUUUCUUUCUGCUUUUUCUGCCAUAUUUAUUCCCUCUUUCCUUCUCUUCUUGCAACUCGUUUAACUGUUGUCUGUUUGCGCACGCGCGAGCGGGCACACACACCCACGGACAUGCGCGCCACUUUGUCUUCCAGUCCCUUUUUUUUUUCAAACUUUUAUAUCGUCUUCUUUCUUCAUAAUCUUUCACCACCCCCUCCCUCUUCUCCUAUCCCACUUUUAAUUUACGGUACCACUUGUCUUUCUUUCGUCUCUUCAGCCUGCCUUCCUUCCUGUCUCCCGCCACUUUCGUUACUUCCGCUCUUACAGGCCAUCUUUGUCUCUCGCUCUCUCUCGCACUCACCCACCUUAAUUCUUCCCUUUUUGCAUCUCCCUCUCUCUUUCUCGUGGCUUAUUUCCUGCCUCUCCCUGCCGCAUUGUCUUUUUUUUUUUUUUUUGCCUGUCCCUCUCUUUUCCUCCUAUGGUACUUCCUGUUUGGCUUUCUUUCCCGCCUUUCUUUGUCCCCGGCCGUUCAUUGCCACCCUUCCUCUAUCUGUCACCGGCCGUUCUUUGUCCCCACUCUCCUACAUCUCUCCUGCUGUUCCUUGUCCCCCACCCCCUACACAUCUGUCUCCGGCCGCUGUUUGUCCCCACCCCCUACAUCUCUGUCUCCGGCCGCUGUUUGUCCCCCACCCCUACAUCUCUGUCUCCGGCCGCUGUUUGUCCCCACCCCUACAUCUCUGUCUCCGGCCGUCCUUUGUCCCCAACCCCUACAUCUCUGUCUCCGGCCGUCCUUUGUCCCCACCCCCUACAUCUCUGUCUCCGGCCGUCCUUUGUCCCCACCCCUACAUCUCUGUCUCCGGCCGUCCUUUGUCCCCACCCCUACAUCUCUGUCUCCGGCCGCUGUUUGUCCCCACCCCUACAUCUCUGUCUCCGGCCGCUGUUUGUCCCCACCCCUACAUCUCUGUCUCCGUCAUCUCUGUCUGUCUGUUUGUCCCCACAUCUCUUUGUUUGUCCCCACCCCCUACAUCUCUGUCUCCGGCCGCUGUUUGUCCCCACCCCUACAUCUCUGUCUCCGGCCGCUGUUUGUCCCCACCCCCUACAUCUCUGUCUCCGGCCGUCCUUUGUUUGUCCCCACCCCUACAUCUCUGUCUCGGCCGUCCUUUGUCCCCACCCCCUACAUCUCUGUCGUCCUUUGUCCCCAACCCCUACAUCUCUGUCUCCGGCCGUCCUUUGUCCCCACCCCUACAUCUCUGUCUCUCCUGUUUGUCCCCACCCCUGUCCUUUGUCCCCACCCCCUACAUCUCUGUCUCCGGCCGUCCUUUGUCCCCACCCCCUACAUCUCUGUCUCCGGUCGUCCUUUGUCCUCCCCUCUCUGUCUCUCUCUCUCUCUCUCUCUCUCUCUCCCCCCGUCUUUUUUGCCUCUGUCUCCUUUUCCUCUGUUCCCAAAUGUAUCUAUGUAUGUUGUUGUGGUGGUGGAUUCCAUCUUCUUCUCCCCAUCCUCUUUCGUUUUCUUUUCAAACUCUUCUUUAA